AUGUGUUCCUUGCUGGUGCAGGCUGUGGGGUCGCUAGUGUUGGAGCAGCAGGAGAAGCUGCAGGCGGGAGGGGGGAGGAGGGAGGCGUGGGUAAGCCCCGGACGGUGCUGUCUCCCCCGCAGGUAUGUCACCCACCUGAUGAAGCGUAUUCAGAGGGGACCCGUCCGAGGUAUCUCCAUCAAACUGCAGGAGGAGGAGAGGGAGAGGAGGGACAACUACGUCCCCGAGGUCUCUGCCCUCGACCAGGAGAUCAUCGAAGUGGACCCAGACACCAAGGAAAUGCUGAAGCUCCUGGAUUUCGGCAGCCUGUCCAACCUGCAGGUGACGCAGCCCACAGUAGGGAUGAACUUCAAAACGCCCCGAGGAGCUCUCUGAGUCGGUCGCUGUGUGUCACAUUUCCAAUAAACGUGGGGAAACCA